GCCUUCAGUUCAGUAGAAAUGGUCUGCAUGAAAGUACUCAUCUUUGUUAUUUCAGUGCAGCUCUGGAUUUAUUUGUCUCAGGGGACGGCUAAGUUUGGGAAUCUAAAAUGUGACGUACUACAAGCUGAUUUAAUCAGUUUGGAGGAAUGUCGCAUUAAAGCAAUUAACCGUAGUUACAAUGUCGUUAAUGUAAAAUAUAUUUUAAAAAAGCAAAUACUAGAAUUUCAGCUAAACUUCAAAUUAUUAAAAAGGGAACGUGGAGGCUGGCAUCCUUUUUUAUACGAUAUCAAUGUGAACAUGUGCGAAUUCUUUAAACGCCCCUACAAAUAUGUGGUUUUCAAUGCAAUUUAUCAAUAUGGCCAAAAGUUCACAAGCCUAAACCACAGCUGCCCGUAUAUGCCGAAUAUGGAAGUUGCGUUAAUGAAUUGGUCACUUACUGAAAAUGAAGUAUUCCAAAAAUUUCCAGUCGAACUCGGAGUGUAUGCUGCACACACUACUUGGUACACGAAUAAGAAGAAAUUUUUACAAAUGAAUGGAACCCUUAUACUUGAAUAGAACUAACGUCUACUUCACACUGGAAUCUAUGAUCACACUGGAAUAUAUA